AUGGAAGACGCGAAAGUGAUCAUUCCCAAUGCUGCACAAUAUCCUUCACCUUCAGACUCGGCAACAGAGGUCGGUCAUGACUACGACCAGCCUAGAUCAUGGGGGGCACGCUUCGUUGACAGCUUCAAGCGCGACCCAAACGCACACGCUACACCUCCAGGAACAGUCGGUUCAGAUGGGAAAGUCUUCGAUGUUGAGGCUGCGAAUGCAGCGACUGCGGACUCGGGAUUGUCCAGACACUUGAAAGGUCGCCAUUUGCAGAUGAUCGCAAUCGGUGGUUCAAUCGGUACUGGUCUGUUCGUUGGAUCUGGUUCAGCCCUUGCCAAUGGAGGACCCGCCUCUUUGAUCAUCGCCUAUGGUAUUAUCGGCUUCAUGCUUUACACUACAGUUCACGCUCUUGGAGAGAUGGCCGUCCUUUUCCCCGUCGCAGGUUCCUUCUCAGCUUAUUCAACACGUUUCCUUGAUCCGGCAUGGGGUUUCGCUAUGGGCUGGAACUAUGCUUUGCAAUGGCUCGUAGUUCUGCCUCUGGAGGUUGUGGCUGCUACAAUCACCAUUCAAUUCUGGAACGACACUAUUAACCCGAAUGCUUGGGUGGCCAUCUUCUUAUUCGUCAUUAUCGGCAUCAAUCUGUUCGGUGUCAAGGGAUAUGGUGAGGCCGAAUUUGUCUUCAGUAUUCUGAAGGUCAUUGCAGUUGUUGGUUUCAUCAUCCUAGGUAUUAUUCUUAAUGUCGGAGGUGGUCCUGAUGGUGGUUACAUUGGUGGAAAGUACUGGCAUGGUACGUACAAGUAUUCUAUGCUUGCAUGGGCAAGACUAAUGUCUAUCUCUANNGAACCGGGACCUUUCAAUCACGGUUUCAAGGGUCUCUGCAGCGUGUUUAUCACAGCCGCCUUUGCUUUCGCUGGAACCGAGCUGGUCGGUCUUGCUGCUGCCGAAACUGCCAACCCUCGUAAAUCAUUACCUACUGCUGUCAAGCAAGUCUUCUGGAGAAUCUUCCUCUUCUACUUGGUUUCUUUGACUCUUGUCGGCCUCUUGGUUCCCUACAACGACCCGCGUCUGAUCAACGGCACCAGCAGCGUAGAUGCCAAGGCCAGUCCGUUCGUUAUCGCUAUUAGAAAUGCUGGAAUCGACGGUCUACCUUCGGUGAUGAACGCCGUUAUCUUGAUUGCUGUUCUUUCAGUCGGCAACUCGUCCAUCUACGGUUCGUCACGUACCCUCGCUGCGCUUGCCGACCAAGGCCAGGCUCCCAAGAUUCUUGGAUACAUUGAUCGCAAGGGCCGUCCCAUCGUCUCCAUUCUCAUUUCUUCUGCGCUCGGAUUCCUUGCCUUCCUCGCUGGCUCUGACAAGCAGACUGACGCCUUCAACUGGAUGCUGGCACUCUCGGGACUCAGCUCCAUCUUCACCUGGAUCAGUAUCUGCCUCGCCCACAUCCGUUUCCGCAAAGCGUGGAGAGUGCAAGGCCACAGCUUGGAUGAACUGGCUUUCAAAUCCCAACCCGGCGUCAUCGGCUCCUGGGCUGGUCUGAUCCUCAACUGUGUCGUUCUGAUUGCACAAUUCUGGACUGGCUUUGCACCAAUCGGAUACGCCGACAUGACCACCAGCGAAUUGCUGAUUAGCUUUNUUGAGGUCUAUCUUGCUGCUCCUGUAGUCAUUGUGUUCUACGUUCCUUACAAGCUUUGGUACAAGACACCAUUUAUCCGCAGUCACAAUAUGGACUUGCACACUGGCAUCAGAGAACUUAACGUUGCCGAGUUGGUUGCUGAGGAGAGAGCUGAACAAGCACAAUGGCCGAAGUGGAAAAAGGUGUAUAAGUGGUUCUGCUAG